ACCCUACUUAGCCAGUCUGACAGCGUCAGGGACAGCCUGUGUGUGUGUUUGUGUGUGUGUGUGUGUGUUUGUGUGUGAGACAUGAAGAGUCAGCUGAGAUGAAGUGUGAAGCAGUGAGAGGGAAAACCCGGGGGAACAAAAUCAGAGAGGGGGAGAGGGAGUCAGCGAACGCAGCAAAAAGGCAGAGGAGAAGAAAGAGAAGAGGGCAGACAAAUAAAAGGUGUGAGUCAAGAAUGGCAAUGACUAGAUGACCAUCCACUGCACACACACACACACACACAGUUUGCAUCCUGUCCUGGAGCCUUGACAGGAGGGGACAAGAGAAAUCCACACACAGUCAAAGGUAAACGCUCUUCAGCCGCUCCAACUUCACUGGAUCAUGUCGUCUACUGGGUCGACAAACCACAACAAGCGCCUCACGUCUGAAAAGGACACUUCACAGAGUUUGCUCAACAACGACUCCGCUCACCACUUGAAGCGAAGAGACAGGCAGCGGUUCUUUGAAGACGUCUACCAGCAUGACGUGGACAACUACCUUCCAUCUGUACACCUGCAAAUUGAUUGCAGGAAACCUCCGAUGGGUAGUAUAUCAUCCAUGGAGGUGAACGUGGACACGCUGGAGCAGAUGGAUCUGAUGGACUUGUCAGAUCAGGAGGCCCUUGAUGUGUUUCUUAAUUCAGGCUCAGGAGCAGAAGAAGCAGCUCUGGCUUCUCCACUGCCAGAUGACGAUGACGAUGAAGAGAAUGAAGAAGCAGAAGUAGUCUACAGGGCACAAGCACCUCUUCAACGGCAAAAUAAUGUUUACGGUGGUCCUCACUCUCGUAUUUCUUCAACAUCAUCUGGUUCCAGUGUCACCAGCACAGGAGUGGACACGCCUGUGAUCCAGUCAGACGAUGAAGAAGUGCAAGCUGACACUCUUCUACUGACCUCUGCCCCCCAUACAAGAGAUGAGGAAACAGAGGAGGAAGACGAGGAGAGAUGCUUUACAACCAAUCAUUAGAAGAACUUUCCCCUAAAGCCUGAAAUCUCUCGUUGUCUUUGCAUUCCUUUCUUAUGGCCAGGAAACUAAAGCAAGUUUGGGGCUAGCUGUAAUUUGCUGUAAACCAUGAGGUGACUUUUACAAUUUCACCUACAGUAUAUUCUCUUUUGUUUUUACAAGUUCUGUGGCACGUACAAUAAAUAGUUUCUUGGUUGUGUUGUUAAAAAAAAUUCACCCCAAGUAUGAGUCAUUCUCUCCUCCUGCACCAACAUGUUCUGCUUGACUUAAAACGAGUUUAGCGUUAUUCCUCAACCACAGGGGGACGUCCUUCAUGCUUACUGUAUUUUUUUAAUCAGUUUCUCAA